CUAUACAUAAUCUAGCGCGCAUCAAGUUAGUUGUGUGUGUCGAUUUUACACAUAUUUAGCACAGGGUUGUUAAUUAAAGUUAGAGUAUAAAAGCUCUGAAUAGCAUAGUCGAUAACAAUCGGGACUUGGUCUACCUUUGGGCCAGGUAAGCCACAUUCUAUCGCUUCCCACCCGCUGGUUUGUUGUUCCGAAAACAAAACAGAGGUUUCGUUCGUUGCGUGUGUUAGAGAUUGGUGGCGCAUGCGCGCCAAACUUCUAUAGGCAGAUUCUCCUCGGUUGGUCUCUCGCCAGUGCGUGGCCGAGACCACUGUCAAGCGGGAGCAAACUGGAUCUACCUAAUGGUGAUGUUGUUGGUGACUUGGAUGUGUGCAUGAGCUGCGACCAAGAGUAUGCGCGGGUCUGGCUAUCGAUGGCUGUGUGUGACUAUCGUUGCUGCUGCUCUCUACAAUGGUGUUGGGCUAGUGCGUUGAGAGCAAAGCAACAAACGUGUACUACAAACAAAGCAACAGUAUUAGCAGCAAAGCUUAGUCCAGUUAGGGUGAAUUGUUGUGAGAAUAAAGAGGUGCUUCUACUCGAAUUGGCUUCCUGGGGGCUUCGUGUGUCGUUCGGUAGGCCCUGUGGCCGCAACCGCGGCCGAACCAGCUAUGAACUCCGUCGGCUACCCGGGCGUUGCCAACUGCGAGGAGUACUGGAGCAUGCGCAAUAACGCGGCGCUGUACGGCACCGUACGGCGAGGUGUUGUUGGGUCAUCGUCGCUCGGAUCGAUGACGCCGUCGAUGACCACAAUGUCAUCGAUGGCUGUUGAAGGUUACGUACAGACCCUAGAGCCUCAACCCCAACCUCUCGGAGGGAUCCUAUUGCAGUCGCAAAUACAGCAACAGCAGCUGCAGCAUUAUCACCAUCAUUCAGAACAUCAACAGCAGACGUUGCAGUUGGGUAACGUCGUAGUGGGCGCGGAUAUCGAUAUAGGGGGUUGGUGCCCCGCCAAACACACGCCAAUCCGCACGCAACCCGUCGUUCCAACGCCCACCCCAACUCAGCCACCACAACUGCAACCGCCACAGAUCGGCUUUGCAUCGUCAUCAACAACCCCACUUACUUCUAAUAACCAGCAGCAACAGCAACAGCAGUCUCAAAUCCAGCCUUCCUCAAUACAGACCCAACAGCAGCACACGACGUUGUCCAACACAACGCCAGGAGGGGACCAAUCGCCGCAGUCACAACAACAACUACCAGCCACGCCGCCCCCUUCAUCGUGCAGCUCUUCAUUAGCAGGCAGCAGUAAAGCUCGUGGAAGCCAGGUGUGUUGCGUAUACCUUCUAAAUCGAACGUGUUUAGCGCUUCAAGUGGAAUCUCUUUCGUUGAUUACUGCAGGACAAAUUUUACAACAGGUCGCCGACGCCCCUUGCGAACCCGGUCUCGGACAGGACGCAUGUCUUGCUUUUGCCCUAUGGAUAGCCAACGCUGAUUUCGAACUUCAGCUGGAGCCUGGUCGUGCUCCCCUUGACGUGUACAAGGCUUGGACAGCUUUAGUACAAGUGUAUUGUAAACUGCCUGCGCCCAUCGUGGGAGAACCUAAGCUCAUCUUGCAACGCAACGUGACUUUGAAUGAAGAGGAGGAACGUAGGAUUUGUCAAAGAAAUCCUGCAGUCCUUGAACUGCUUUAUCACGAAGCCCGUUGCAAUGUGCUAGACGGAAGAUAUCCUGUAACCGAGCACAUUGCUCUUCGUCUCGCUGCGUUCCAGGCCGCAAUUGAACUGGAUGGCCAAAGCGCCUGUGACGUGCUGGCAUCCACUGACAAAGCGGCUCAUUUCUUGCCAUCUAAGCAUCUCCGGAAGAGAGCACGAGUAUUUGGCCAGAGUGUUGAGAAAAAGCUUGUCCAAGAAUACCGUGAUCUACUAAUAUGCCGCAGCACCGAUAAGGCGUCGUUGAUGAGAGACUACCUUGACGUGUGUCGCAAGCUCGUUUUCUAUGGGAGUGCCUUCUUCCAGGGGUCAUUAGAUUCAUUUUUUGGUUCGCGUGAAGUGACUGUGGCAAUCAAUCGGCGGGGCCUGCAUAUGCUUACAAAGGAUGGUCGACUAGAAGCGUCCUAUCUAUUUUCGGUCAACCAGUACCCACCGUUGUUUAGUUGGGACUAUGGCAAACCGGUUCAAGAAGGCCUCGAGCCAUGCUUGUAUGUCACCGACGGGUACCUGAGCUCGCACCAGGUGUUUUCAAAGCAAGCUUUUCUUAUGGACAAAAUGCUCAUGAUGCUGCAGCCAAGCAAACUAUGAUAACCGUGACUAUUAUAAUAGCCACCGAUCACUGUAGUUAUGACAAUAAUGAUAAUUUUGAUUAUUUUUAUAAUUGCUGUUAUUAUACAUGCAUAUUAUGUGCAUUAUGUAAGAUUUUCAGUAAUUCAAAAUUUAACAUAACAAACUGAGGAAAGAACCAUUGUUGCAGCUUCAGUUUAUGUCGGUAGAGAAGCAACGAUUGUGCAAGGAAAGACCGAAAUCAGCUCACGUGUUUGUUUCUUGUUUAUAGAUUUGCUUUUGCUAAGAGGCUAACAUAGUGGAGGUAUUGUAGAUUCAUUGCAUAUUUCUGAAAGAGAAGUAAGAACUGCCGUUACCAUUUUGCUAUAACAAAAAAAGUAUAUAUUGUCAUUAAGUACAGUCUGUAGAAUUGUCUGCAGGCCAAUCCUUUUUCUUUUUUAUUAUAUUCUUUAUUAUAUUUUUCUGAAUUUAUAUUCUGAAGUACAUUCUUACUUUAGAGUUAAGAUGGAAACCUCUAAAAGGCGCAGAGUUAUGACAAUUAUUACGAUUUUAUGCCUAAACAUUGAAGCGUGGACAGUCGCCACACACAGUUUUGAUUUGUGCGUUUGUGCCUCUAUAGCAAAACCCCUAAGGUUAGGUGAUUGGAUCAAGAAGGUUCUUUAAUUAAUACAGUAGCACACAUUACUUAAUAUUCGAGUCAUGAGAGACAAAUUAGCGAAGUGGUUAAAAAAAUGUCAAAAAGAACGUAACUAAAAUGAAAACGUGAUAAAAUAUAUGCCAAUUGUUACAAUAUAGUGAACUCGAAGAUUUGUUAUGCGGUGGUAAACCGCGAUUCAAAUGACCGUAUUGAGCCGAUCACACGAGAGGGGAUAAUAUUACUGUAUGGAUUCUCGUGCAUUUUGGUUUCCCGACAAUGUUAAGAGAUAUAAUUGUUACCAUGUAUCGUUCUUUUAUGGCAAAGUAAGGCCCACCAUUAUGUGGAUUUUGAAGGAUGUAUAUAAUAUUUCUGAAAACAGCAAAGAUGCAGGUCUUAGCGCCAUCUAAUUAAGUGAUCCCGUUCGUAAUCAAUAUGAUGUGCCACCUGCGUCCGUGCCGACUAAAUAGGCACUUGGGAAUUUCAUACACUAAUACCGUAUUAACGAAUGGUAUCACAUCGUUUACUAAGGCUCAUAAAAAUGCUUAGCCCUUCAGUAUGCUAUCUAAAAUUCGAUGAGUUGUCCGUGACACUAAUGAAACUGCUUUUUAUGGACGUGCUUGUUAGGUUUUUUCUGCGGUGCUGAGAUCGUGUUUGCCGGGCAAUGGAUCGUUAUUGAAUUCUCAUUCCCCCCUCUCUUUCCAUCCAUUCGACUUAACUAUACGUAUAAUAACGCUCGGUUCUAGCUACACUGUUCAGUUUAUUUGUAGGGACUGCAAUUGUUAUAUGGGUAUAUAUACGUAACACUUGCUAGCAUUAGUUCAUUGGCCGACGUGCAUUUCCGUACACAAUUCUGUUAUUAAAGCAAGCUGAUUUCCUUGUGGCCCAAUUUAGUUUGUUUAACAGUUAAUUUAAUUAACUGUCAGAUGUCGUUUUCGGUUUGCUGUUGUUUUUUUCAGAAAUUCAUUCUUGGAGAAAAUUGAUGAUAAGAUUUGUAUGCACGUAUGUCUGUGUGUGCGAUAAGUCUAAGGUAUGCAUCUGUGUCCAAAUGAAAGUGAGCUAUAGAUUUCGCGCGAUGAUUUUAUGAUAGGUGGGGUGAAUGAUGACUUUUGUCUACCGAUGUCGUAAUAUGUUUGUAGAAUAUAGCCAAAUACUGAUAUGAUAGAGUGUCCUAUCGCCACUACGUUUGUUAGUCGACGUAUUUAUCUCAAACUAGACGUGAAACGGGAUUUACAAAAAUAUGCUGAAAACCAAAUCUGUCAGUGGAUUAAGAUCAUGUUCUGAUUGGCUGAUACAGUCCUCUGUAUUUCUUCUGGGUAUUAUUGUUUUAUACUUCUUACAACUCUAAAACAGUGUGGUUGCUACCAAGUACAGUUUUCACGCUUAUAUUAAUUAGGUCCGGACGUGAGUUAGACAGAGAUUGUGUCUUCGUGCGUGCAUAUGUACGUGUGUGUGUGAAUGAAUGAAUGCAAAUACAACUGCAUUUCGCUGUUUUCGGUGUCGCGAAUGAAUAGAAAGAAGCGAUCUUCUAAAGGUAUGUAAUGUAUAUAUAUCGUGGUUGACGAAAAGGACUGUGCUUACGCGGUUUAUACCGAUGCCGAUGAUGACCUGAACCGAAGACUGAAAACAUAUAAGUUGUGAUACAAGAAUUGACUCAUUGAAGAGACCGAAAAACAAAAGAAAGUAAUACAAUACUGAGUGAAUGAAUGGCCAAGUGAUAAGCGUUAGAAGUUAUCGUGAAAUACAAUUGUAAUAAAGAGUGACAUUUGAGAGUAGUGAUCAAGUGGUAGACGUUGUGUCUAUUUGUGAGAACAUUUGUGUACAUUAAUAAUGAUGAUUAGAAACUUAUAAUAGUAAUUAUAUUAUGUAAUAAUAAUAAUAAUAACUCUGUAGAAUAUCCCGGAGCCGCCACACUGAAGGAUACAACAACCGAGGACGAAAACAACACCACAAAACAAAUUGUGCAAGUAUAUAAAUCUGUAAAUACUUAAUAAUAAUAAAUGUGCUAAUAUGAAUAAUUUGUGAA